CACCAAACAGCUGAUUGCAACUAACAUCGCGAAGCGUCUUUCGGUGGCCUACCGCAAAUAACAUUUUUGUAUAUACAAACAAUAUCGCUUUUGCUUAUAACACAUAUUGCAUUUCGUUAUUACCACGUAAUGCUGUAAAUGCUGCAAUCGAAUAAUCAGCAUGACUGACGCCCUGGAAGCCAAAAAACUGUUAAUACGCGCCGUCGAAUGUGAUCAGAGCGGUAGAAUUCUUGAGGCUCAAUCACUCUAUCAAGAUGGCAUCGCCAAGCUGAUGUCGUUUGUUAGCAGCGAGCCUGAUGAUCAGCGUCGCAAAGGAUUUCUCACACGCAUCAAGGAGUACAUGGACCGAGCGGAUGCCAUUAAAGCUCGAGUCAAUGGCAAACUGAUGCUCGGUGAGGUUGUCGCCCACAUAUCGAUCGAGGAGAACGAUACGGGCUACGACUAUGUUCAGUUAUUUGGCAAAUAUAUGACGGAUAAGACAGUUGAGAUACUAAUCGAAGAGCCCUAUUUGACACAAAACUAUCAGUAUCAGAAUCUCAUAAGAUUCUUAGAACUGGCUGUGACUAACUGUUCAGAAUUCAAGUACUUACGUUUGAUAACCAAACAAGAUACAGCGAAUGUGGAUCAACAACGCACAAAUUUGGGACAGAUCAAAGCCGAUCUGGAGCGCCGUAAUGUUGCCUUUAACAUCAAAUACGAAGAUUCGCUACAUGAUCGCAAAAUUUACUUAAGCAAUGGUUAUAUUAUCAAAAUUGGACGUGGAUUGCAUUUUUACAAGGCCAACAAUCCGCUAUAUUCAAUUGGCUUGACCAAUUACAGAUACAGGAAAUGCCUGCAAACGGAUGUGGACAUCUGGCGCAAUUCAAGCACCGGCAAUUAAACUUUUUGACAUACGAUUCCAAAAACGUACAAAGUGAAAGACAUAAAUGGAUAGAUGAAUGCAUCGAUUGAGAUAUUUUUGUAUCUUGUGAGUUUCAAACAUUAAAUUUAAUAAUAAAGUUCGUACCUUUUUUUCGUACAAAAGCAAAAGAAAAAG